AUGGCUGGAUAUAAUGACAGCAAUCGUGCCUUUCUCCAAGCGUUCAUGGCACGUUCGUCUAUGACCUUUGAAGAUGCGCAACCCAUCCUAGCUGCGAUAUUAACAGUAUCUGAAGGGCGAACAGUGGAUCCCGAUGAGAUUGAGAAAGACCAAUUCUCCGACUUUAUAGCGGCGGCUAAUACCGCCGUGUCACCCUUCGACCUCGAAAUCAGAAGCUUACUGCCACAAGUAAUCGAACCAGCCCAACAAGAUGCCCCAGCCACACCCCCGAAGCGAGUCUAUGCGCUUGUAAAUACUACGAGUGAUCCUUUGACACAGCUCGCGACCACCUAUUCCCCGGACGAGAUCGCGUUUCUCAAGCGCUUGCUGGACUUCAUGUUUGCGAAAAAUAAUACACGACUGUGUGAAGGCAUGGUAGCUUCACAGAUGCAAGCUGUUUCACUCCAUAAGGCUCCGUCUGGCGAACGGCAAUCCACGAGCAACGACUCGGCGCAGUCGCAAACCGCAGCGGUACAGUCACUGCGUAUGACCCAAGCAGAAACCCUGGUCAUUCACUUGAUUGAAGAGGGCUGGCUGCAGAAGAGCGCGAAGGGAUAUCUUAGCCUCACGCCACGAGCACUGAUGGAGUUGCGGGGCUGGUUGGUCUUAACGUAUAAUGACGAGAGUUUCGAUGGCCGAGCUGUGGAGAGGAUCAAAUUUUGUGCUGCUUGCAAAGACAUUAUCACCGUAGGUCAACGCUGUGAAGACCGUGACUGCAAGGGUCGACUCCAUGACCAUUGCAUGCGCAACUUCUUCCGGAUGCAACAAGCAGAGAAAUGUCCCUUAUGCAAAGCGGACUGGCCUGGCGAUAACUUCGUGGGCGAACGAGCGAUCACGAACCCGAAGCAACGCAACACCGUUCCACAACAGAGGAGGUCUUCGUCUGCUGCGUCUAGUGCCGUUGGCGAAGGUUUGGAUGAUGAGGAGGACGAAGAAUAA